AUGCCCUCAAGGGGCCACCCAUCUCAAGAGGGGCUCUGACCCCUGUCCUACUUAUCCAUGGCACAUGGGCCUGAACCUGAGACUGAUAGGCUGCUUGACCUCAGCUUCCUGACAGAAGAGGAGCAGAAAGCCAUUGCUGAAGUCCUGAAGCGAGAUGCCCACCUGCGACAGCUGGAAGAGGGGCGGGUCAGCAAGCUCCGGGCCUCACUGGUAGACCCUGGACAGCUGAAGAUCCUGACGGGUGAAUGGUUCCAGGAAGCACGCUCCCAAAGGCAUCACCAUGCUCACUUUGGCUCUGACCUCAUCCGUGCCUCUAUCCGCUGGAAGAAGAGCUCCCGGGGUGACCAGACUCUGGGUGGUGAUGGGGAAGCUGAGGUUUCUGGGAAAGAGAAAGAAGAGGAGCUAGAGUGCAGGCUCCCCAUAGAUGAGGUUGAGAGGCUCAACGAGGCUGAGAGGCUUGACUCUCCCUCACCAUCUGCCCCUCAAAAAGCAGAUUACGAGGAGGAACCUCAGGCUCUGGAAGUCGUCUGCCCAGGGGGCGCGCAGGUCCCCACGGAGGAAGCGGAGCCGGAGCCGGAGCCAGCGCAGCGCUCGCGUGGAGAGGAGCAGGCGCCCCCGCCAGCCCAGGUAGGCGGGAGCGGCCGGCGGCUGCUCGCAAGACCCGGGGCGGACGUCAGGGCCGGGAGUGCCCCUGCCCCGGGUUCAGAGCCGUCGGGCCUCAGCGCCGUCGGGAAGGGACAGGAAAGAGGGAACGCCAGGGUAAUUUUCUCCUUUCCCCAGAUCGAGGUGGCGUCUGAGACCUUGGAGAACGGGGAGGAGACCCCAGGGCCCGGCCCCUCAAUCAACCGCAUGCUCAGCAGCAGUUCCUCAGUGUCCAGCCUCAACUCCUCCACGCUGAGCGGCAGCCUGCUGAGCCUGUCCGCGGAGCCAGAGGGGGGCGCCCUGCAGGUGCGCGGCUCCCUGCACUUUGCGCUGCGCUACGAGCCGGGCGCCACCGAGCUGCGCGUGCACGUGAUCCAGUGCCAGGGCCUGGCCGCCGCGCGGCGCCGCCGCUCAGACCCCUAUGUCAAAAGCUACCUCCUGCCAGAUAAGCAGAGCAAGCGCAAGACAGCAGUGAAGAAACGGAAUCUGAAUCCGAUCUUCAACGAAACUCUCCGAUACUCCAUCCCGAAGGCUGAGCUCCGAGGCCGAGUACUGAGCCUGUCCGUGUGGCACCGGGAAAGCCUGGGUCGUAACAUCUUUCUGGGCGAAGUCGAAGUGCCUCUGGAUACGUGGGACUGGGACUCUGAGGCUACCUGGCUCCCCCUGCAGUCCCGGGUCCCGCCCUCCCCAGACGAGCUCCCAAGCCGAGGGCUGCUCUCUGUAUCGGUUAAGUACGUUCCAGCUGGCUCUGAGGGCACUGGACAACCCCCGAGUGGGGAGCUGCACUUUUGGGUGAAAGAUGCUCAGGACCUCGUGCCUCUUCGCCAGGGAUCCCUGGAUACGUACAUACAAUGCUCUGUGCUGCCCGAUGACAGCCGAGCCAGCCGCCAGCGGACCAGGGUGGUACGCCGCAGCCUCAGCCCUGUGUUCAACCACACCAUGGUUUACGAUGGCUUCGGGCCUGCUGACCUGCGCCAGGCCUGCGCUGAACUCUCCCUGUGGGACCAUGGGGCUCUGACCAGCCGCCAACUAGGGGGCAUACGCCUUAGCCUAGGCACUGGCAGCAGCUACGGGCUCCAGGUGCCUUGGAUGGACUCCACCCCUGAGGAGAAGCAGCUGUGGCAGACACUUCUGGAGCAGCCGUGUGAAUGGGUGGAUGGCCUGCUGCCCCUCAGGACAAACCUGGCUCCCAGGACGUAG